GCGCACGCCGGCGCGCUGCAAAACAUCUUGCGCGAGGCGUCACAGCCGGUGCCCGACGCCCUCACCAAGUUCGGCUCGACGGUAAAGAAGAAGGAGCACAAGCUAUACGGCGCCUUUGGGCCAAAGGAGGGCCAGCCGAUGAAGGCGGCCACGAAGAUUGUCUUUGGCGACGACGAUUGA